UCGCGCAGUGGUUGGCGUUCGUGCUCCCAUCGCCACGCCAAGAUCCAGGCGGUUCAGAACCCCGGCAGAAGUAGCCUUGGAAAGCCAACUCCACAAUGGCCAGCAACAGCAGGCGGGUGCUCGUGACUGGUGGGUCUGGCUUGCUCGGUCGUCAAGUCGUGUCUGAGUUUGCUGCCCACGCGUGGACAGUCACCGGCUUGGCUUUCUCCCGGAUCUCCGGUGACCUGCGCAAGGUGGAUUUGAGGGAUUUGGCCGCAGUGCAAGCGGUACUCGCUGAUGCCAAGCCGGAGGUAGUGGUUCAUGCUGCGGCCGAGCGCCGGCCCGAUGUGGUGGAGAAGCAGGCCGACGCAACCGAAGCUCUGAACGUCACCGCUACGCGACAGCUAGCCAGCGAGUGUGCAUCCCGGGGUAUCUACCUGGUGUAUAUUUCCACCGACUACGUGUUUGAUGGAACACAGCCACCAUAUCACUGUGACGCCAAGCCUAACCCAUUGAACUCUUAUGGAAGGUCCAAGCUGGCCGGAGAGGAGGCCGUGCGAGAGACGGCCAACCUGCGCGGGUGCAUAUUGCGUGUGCCGGUGCUGUACGGUACGGUGGAAACUCUGGACGAGAGUGCCGUGACGGUGCUGCUGAAGACCGUUCUGUCCAAGAAAGACGGCAGCAAAGUGAAUCAUGUGCAGCGGCGCUAUCCCACGCAUGUCAACGACGUGGCGGUGGUGUGCAGGAACCUUGCUGACCGUUCUCUAGCCGGCCCAGGCGGCAGCAGUGCUGGUGGUGAGGAGGCAGCGCCGAGUGGCAGCACGGCGACCUUGCAUACCUACCAUUGGGCGGGCAAUGAGAUGCUUACCAAGUAUGACAUGGCCAUUGCCAUGGCUGAUGAGUUCGGACUGGAGACAGGUCACUUGGUAGCGGACACGGCGGCGGAUACCAGUGCGGUGCCGCGGCCGCACGACUGCCAGCUGGACUGCUCGGCGAUCGAGGCGCUGGGCAUGGGCGCUCGCACGCCUUUCCGCCGUGGAAUAAGCGCGGCGCUGGCCACGUUUGUCCCGAAGUGAGCCGAAUAUUGACCAGUUCAACAUCAGUUUUACUAGGAAUGCAGUUACUCAAUGAUAAAAGUAUGCGCUUUAGUGGACAUCUAACCUCUAACAAUUGUUCAUUACAUGGUGUCUGUGUCCAGGUUUUCUCACGUAUGGGCAUGUAUGCUCAUUAAUUAUACGGAUCUGAAUUUGGUCUAGAUUUCAGUACGCAUCAUUACUAGAACAUGCUAGGGGGAAUUCCCUACAUGAUUCAAGACGGACACAAGCAUGCAUGGUGACUGGCUCAGUGCAUGGUCAUUGAUGUGAUGUUAUGCAUUAUUUCGCGCAUUACAUAGUCCUGCUCAAGAAUCCCGUCUCCGAGUCUGCUCCAGCAGCCGUUCUGUGAUGGAACCGUCACUGGAGCGGCCUGUUGAUCCACCACUAGUCUGCCUAUACAGACUCGUGGGUAUGUGCAUUGACUGUGGAUGUAGUUCACGUCACCCUGCCGCAGUGCGGCGGUAUAGACCAGGGAGCCGUAAAAUACCGGUAUUUUACUACUCCCUGGUAUAGAUCAUAUUGGCCAUACUGUGCCAUUUUUCUCCGUCACUGUUGAGUUAUCUUUUCCUUUUCUUUUAGUUUUUUUUGUGUGUGUAGUUUUUGCAUGAUGUAGACGCAGUGCAACUCAUCGCGUGUGCCCCGUAA